AGAGAGAGACAGAAAUCCCAGGUCUUGGGGAGAUGAGAAGCAGAAGCAACUCUGGAGUCCGCUUGGAUGGCUAUGCCCGACUGGUUCAACAGACCAUUUUAUGUCACCAGAAUCCAGUUACUGGACUGCUUUCGGCCAGCACGGAGGAAAAGGAUGCUUGGGUCCGGGACAAUGUCUACAGCAUUCUGGCUGUGUGGGGUCUGGGAAUGGCUUAUCGGAAGAAUGCAGACCGGGAUGAGGAUAAGGCAAAAGCCUAUGAACUUGAGCAGAAUGUUGUGAAACUGAUGCGGGGACUUUUGCAAUGUAUGAUGAGACAGAUGGAUAAAGUAGAGAAGUUCAAAUACACACAGAGUACCAAGGACUGCUUGCAUGCCAAAUAUAAUUCAGCCACUUGUGCCACAGUAGUAGGAGAUGACCAGUGGGGACAUCUACAAGUAGAUGCAACUUCCCUUUACCUGCUCUUCCUAGCACAGAUGACUGCAUCAGGAUUGCAUAUUGUAUUCACCCUUGAUGAAGUUGCCUUUAUACAGAAUCUUGUUUUUUACAUAGAAGCUGCCUAUAAAGUCGCUGACUAUGGAAUAUGGGAACGUGGUGAUAAAACCAAUCAGGGCAUCCCUGAACUGAAUGCAAGCUCUAUAGGCAUGGCCAAGGCUGCCCUGGAAGCAAUUGAUGAACUAGACCUUUUUGGAGCCCAUGGGGGGUGCAAAUCUGUGAUUCACGUCCUUCCUGAUGAAGUUGAACAUUGCCAGUCUAUUCUAUACUCCAUGUUGCCAAGGGCAUCCACGUCAAAGGAGAUUGAUGCUGGACUCUUGUCCAUUAUUUCUUACCCAGCUUUUGCAGUGGAAGAUGUGAACGUUGUUAAUGCAACCAAAAGUGAAAUCCUCACCAAACUGCAAGGGCGUUAUGGCUGCUCUCGCUUCCUUCGAGAUGGAUAUAAAACACCAAGAGAGGAUCCAAACAGGUUACACUAUGAUCCUGCUGAGCUCAAACUGUUUGAGAAUAUAGAAUGUGAGUGGCCAGUAUUCUGGACGUACUUCCUAAUUGAUGGAGUGUUUAAUGGGGACAAAAUUCAGGUUCAAGAGUACAGAGAGGCCCUGGAGGGAAUAAUUAUUAGAGAAAAGAAUGGAAUUCUUCUGAUGCCAGAGUUGUAUGCUGUCCCUCCAGACAAGGUGGAUGAGGAGUAUGAAAAUCCUCACUCAGUGGAUCGUCUCCCAGGUGGAAAGUUGCCUCAUCUGUGGGGCCAGUCUUUAUACAUCCUCAGUUCCCUAUUAGCAGAGGGGUUUCUAGUUACUGGCGAAAUUGAUCCCUUACAUAGGAGAUUUUCAACUGCUUUUAAACCUGAUGUUGUGGUGCAAGUAACUGUCUUGGCAGAAUCAAAUGAAAUUAAGGAAAUCUUGAGACACCAUGAAAUCAGUGUUCAGAGCAUUACAGACAUCUAUCCAAUCCGAGUGCAGCCAGCCCGGAUCCUGAGUCACCUUUAUGCCAAGCUUGUCGAUGAUGGCUCUGACAUUGAUCCAGCAGUGCUUGCAACCAUAAGAAAAUUAGACGAUGGGUAUUUUGGAGGGGCAAGGGUAAAGCUAGGCAAACUGUCAGAUUUUCUUAGCACCUCGUUCUAUACGCAUCUGAGCUUCCUGGAUCCAGACUGUGACGGAAAACUGUUCGAUGAUUCUAAUGAUGGCUGUGAUAGUCCCGAAAGUGGAUAUGAAUUAGAAGUGUAUCCAGAUGAUUUAUUUGACAAAGAAAGCCAAGAUGAGCUGGACCAGUAUAUAAACGAUGUGCUGCAAAGCACAGCGCAUAAGUCCUACCUGCCUCCAACUUCAAAGGAUGCUAAUCAGCCUCAUAUGUUCAGUGCUGUUCACUCCAUGCGAGAGAUACUGUCAAUAAUGGCCAAGGCAAAGGGUUUGGAUGUUCCAUGCGCUUCGAUGACUCUUCCAACUAAAGUUUUGAACACUCACCGGAAAUCUCUGAAUCUCGUUGAUUCCCCACAUCUUCUUGAAGUGAAGGAUUCUGAAGCUGUUUUGCACUUACCCAAAGAUGAUCAUGGUGAUUUGGAUUGUGAGAAGUUAGUUGAACAGCUGAAGGAGUGCCCAACUCUACAUGAUCAAGCAGAUAUAUUAUACGUCUUGUAUAUAAUAAAAGGCCCAGACUGGGAUACAGAGCUGAAUGGCCAGUAUGGAGUCACCAUUCAUUGUCUGCUCAAUGAGCUCUACAGCAAGGCAGGCCAGAACCAAGAGUGGGGGUUAAUUCGUUACAUCUCUGGCAUACUCAAAAAGAGAGUGGAAGUUCUGGCUGAGGCAUGCACAGACCUUCUGUCACACCACAAGCAACUUACAGUGGGCCUGCCACCUGAGCCGCGUGAAAAAACUAUUACCGCCCCUCUGCCACCUGAAGAGUUGUCAAAGCUUAUUUAUGAAGCCAGUGGGCAAGACAUCAGUAUUGCAGUCCUUACCCAGGAGAUAGUGGUGUAUUUGGCUAUGUACGUCAGGUCACAGCCCAGCCUUUUUGCAGAGAUGCUCAGACUCCGCAUUGGACUAAUAAUUCAGGUGAUGGCUACUGAGCUGCUUCGCAGUUUGAACUGUUCAGGUGAAGAAGCCUCAGAAAGUUUAAUGAAUCUAAGCCCCUUUGAUAUGAAAAAUCUCCUGCACCAUAUUUUGAGUGGGAAAGAGUUUGGCGUUGAAAGAAGCAUGCGGCCUCUAGAUUCCUCUACCUCCAGCCCUGCAAUUUCUAUUCAUGAAGUGGGGCACACUGGAGCAACUAAAACAGAAAGAAGUGGCAUUACUAGACUGAAGAGUGAAAUGCAACAGAUGAAUAGGAGGUCAUCUGCUGAUGAAAAGUUCUUUUAUGGGGGCCAUUCCAUGUCCAGCAGCAUGCAUGCUUCCAGGUUCACGAGGGGCAGUAUUCCAUCAUCUCCCACUAGGACUUCAUCUCCUAGAGGGUCUACUGGAAACGACAUCAGCUGGGGUGAUCGCCAAGGGCAAUGGCUCCGCAGAAGAAGGCUUGAUGGUGCCAUUAACAGAGUUCCUGUAGGGUUCUAUCAAAAAGUAUGGAAAAUCCUUCAGAAGUGCCAUGGCCUGUCCAUUGAUGGCUAUGUCCUUCCUUCUUCAACUACAAGAGAGAUGACCCCUUGUGAAAUCAAGUUUGCUGUGCAUGUGGAGUCAGUGCUGAACCAUGUACCCCAGCCUGAAUACAGACAGCUGCUGGUGGAAGCUAUUCUUGUUCUCACACUGCUGUCGGACAUAGAGGUGACCAGCAUUGGGGGCAUAAUCCAUGUGGAUCGAAUAGUGCACGUGGCUAACGAUCUAUUUCUUCAGGAACAGAAAUCACUUGGAGGAAAUGAUGACUUCUUGGAGCGAGACCUCGCCACAGGAAUUUGCCACUUUUUCUAUGACAGUGCUCCAAGUGGGGCAUAUGGAACUAUGACAUACUUAACGAAAGCUGUAGCCACCUAUUUACAGGAUUUCCUGCCUAGCACAGGCUGCCUGAUGCAAUAGGCUAUGCCUCUUGAUAAAAAACAAAAGUAAAGAUUCAGAAGCUCUUUUUCCCCCUCUCCUCUC